GCCAUUUCUUCAGCCUGUAAGAGGAAGUAGCUCCUCCAUUUGCUUCGCACUUCUCACAGGACAGGCAGGCAGCUGAAGAGCUCGGACUAGACCGCACUGCGCCCAUCCAUUCAGGAAACUCAAUCAGCCCCGCACAACGUCUGCUUCAGGCAUGGAACGUGAAUAUGGGCAUGGCUCUUAUGGCCGUAGUAUGGACAGCUUUGCAAUGGAUAACUCCGGUGACAGGUUUGGACCUUAUGAGUCUUUUGACUCCAGGUCUUCUGUGGGUGGGCGAGAUCUGUACAGAUCUGGCUAUGGUUAUAAUGAAUCCGAUCAAGGCUACGGAGAUAGUUAUGAUGAUCGAUAUGAGAACCCGUACCGGAGUAGCGUUGACUCUUUUGAAGGUAGAAACCAGGGCGGGUCUAGCUGGGAUCCGUCUUUCACACGAGCAAAAGUGAGGACUGGGUUUAUGGAGGACAGAGGAAGAGACACUUACUCUUCCUACGGUGGUUUUUCUUCACCCUAUAUGAAGCCUGCAGCAGUAGGCUCUCGGGGAAGAGGAAUGCCUGCUUACCCCGACGGUGCAUUUGGCGGCAGAAGCAAUGAUGCUUUUGGAGGACCAGCAGCAGGCAGAGGCCGUGGCAGAGGAGGACAAACUGGUCGUGGUAUGCGCAGACCUGGGGGGGCUGAUUAUAAAGCCCAGUCUAUGUCUGGUGGAAUGGCAAGAGGUUUAAAGAGAAAGAUGGGGCAACCUUUCAAGCAGCCUGUAGGCUUUAACAAAAAACAGAAACUCUCAAAGCCUGGAGGAAAUCCAAAUGCUAAAGCUACACCUGCCCCCGAGCCUGUUGAUCCUGAAGAGGAAGAAAAGCGACGAACAGAAGCAAGAAGAGAGAAGCAAAGACGUAGAAGAGAGAAAAACAGUGAAAAAUACGGAGAUGGAAUGGCCUUCACAUGUUCAUUCUGCAAGUUUAGAUCAUUUGAUGAAAAGGGUAUUGAAGAGCAUUUGGAGAGCCCAGCUCACCAGGAGAUGCUGGAUCAUAUUCAAAAACAAACCAAAUUUGACAAACCUGUUAUGGAGUUCUUGCAUGAGUGUAUUGUAAACAAGUUCAAGAAGACUGCAGCACGUAAAGCACAGUCCACCCAAAAUGAGGCCGCAAAAGCUCCAGAGAAAGAUAUUAUGGAAGGAGUUACUGCAGAUGACCACAUGAUUAAAGUUGAAACUGUGCACUGCAGUGCUUGCAGCAUCUACGUUCCUGCUUUGCAUAGUUCUGUGCAGCUGCACCUCAAAUCUGUUGAUCACUCAAAGAGCAAAUUGGCAUAUAAAGAUCAAAUAAAAAGAGAGAGCAUUUUGACUGCAACAAGCAUACUGAACAACCCACUUGUGAAGGCAAGAUAUGAACUUUAUUUGAAGGGUGAAAAUCCAUUUGAGAUUCAGACUGAGGAAGCCGCCCAAGCUGAAUCUGCUGCUGAGGAAGCUGCUGAAGAGGUCCCUGUCGAUACUGGUGCAACUGAAAUUACAGGAGAACAAGAAACUGAAGACUUUACUGCAGACCCACUGUCGACUUCUGAUGAUAUAUAGUGAUCGAACACUACUUGAUGGCUGAAAGAUCCCUCCUUUUUAAACUGUUGUGCCAUCCUAUUUUUAAAUCUGGGCUUGUGGGCAAUGAGUUUAAAGUUUUGUAUUUGCAAAGAAAAUACUUAUCCUUGUUUAAAUUUCUGCAUAUUCAUAAAGAAUUUAAUUUCUUUCAACUUUUAAGCUGUUAAUCUUAUGUUUGUUGAUUGCCCACCCUGAUGUUAAAAUAUCAGUUUUAGUUUCAGUUACCUAGGUCCUAGUAUUUUUUUAACCUGAAAAUGCUGUGAAGUCUUGAAAUGAAUUUGUACAAUGUUGGACAGUUAGUGUUUAUCUUGUAGUUUGUGACACCAAAGUAAUGUGGCAGUGUAAAAUUUCUUUUUUACAUUUUAUUUUUUUUCUAUUUUUGUUUGCUACUUAGAUCAUUGUGUCUGAGAACAAAAUAAAUCUCAACCCUAAACCUAA